CUGUACCUCCUUCCUCUCCUCGAGGAUAAAAGAGAGCAAGGAGGAAGCACCAGCCUCCCCAACCUGGGCAACCUUCCUGGAAAGAUGCAGCCUCUCCUGCUCCUGCUGGCCUUUUUACUGUCCCCUGGGGCAGAGGCAGGGGAGAUCAUCGGGGGACAUGAGGCCAGGCCCCACUCCCGCCCCUACAUGGCAUUUGUUCUGUCUCUGGAGAAAGAAAAAGGGAAGAGCUGCGGCGGUGUCCUUGUGAGACAGGACUUUGUUCUGACAGCUGCUCACUGCUGGGGAAGCUCAAUCAAGGUGACCUUGGGGGCCCACAACAUCCAGAAGCAGGAGAGGACCCAGCAGGUCAUCUCUGUGAAGGAAGCCAUCCCCCACCCACACUAUAAUUCUAAGAACUUCAACAAUGACAUCAUGUUACUAAAGCUGGAGAGAAAGGCCAUGUGGACUGCAGCUGUGAGGCCCCUCAGCCUGCCCAGGGGCACAGCCCAGGUGAGGCCUGGAGAGGUAUGCAGUGUGGCUGGCUGGGGAAGUGUCGCCCCAUUCGGCAGAGCAUCAGACACUCUGCAGGAGGUGGAGCUGACCGUGCAGCAGGACUGGGAGUGCAAGUUCCUAUGGCACAAUUACAACAAGACCACUCAGCUGUGUGUGGGUGACCCGAAGGAAAAGAAGUCUUCCUAUAAGGGGGACUCCGGGGGCCCUCUCGUGUGUAAGAACGUGAUCCAGGGCAUUGUCUCCUAUGGACGAAUACUCGGGAUUCCUCCAGGGGCCUUCACCAAAGUCUCAAGUUUCCUGCCCUGGAUAAAGAAAACCAUGAAGGGGCCGGCACCGUGGCAGAGGGGUUAAGUUCGUGCGCUCCACUGCGGCUGCCCAGGGUUUCAUCAGUUCGAAUCCUGGACGCAGACAUGGCACCGCUCGUCAGGCCAUGCUGAGGCGGCAUCCCACAUGUCACAACU